AUGGCGACUCCGAGUCCUGAUUUUUUGAGAACAGACCCUGUUAAUGUUGAGAGCUCCCACCCUCUAGAAGAGCAGCAUUCUCAAAAAUUUACACAGGAUCCCGUUGGGGUUGAGUCUACGGAUGAGCAACUGAAUGAAGAAAAUGGAUUUGGCGUUUACACAAAAGCUGAGAAGAGUGGCGCUCAUAAUGAAUCACAUACUGUCAUCCAGUUACAGAAGAUGAAGUCUGUCCUACAAAACAUGGUUUCGGGUAUGGACUACUUAGAGCUUUAUUCAGAAAAAUCCGACAUUAGUUGCACGAUGAAUAGAUUGAUCUACGAUGAGAACCCUAUGUCUCCUACUGAAGAGUCUCCCUCAAAGUCUUCCGACUCUCUUGAUGACGAAUCACAAACUAGCGAUAUAGAAGAAGCUAUGGAAUUUGAAAAGAAAACCAUGGAAAUCCCUAGAAGUCUUUCUGUAACAAAAGCACUGAAGUUAGAUUUUCCAUUUUUGCUUGAUUUGGUGAAGACCAGUUCUGUUCCUGUGGUUAUGUGUGUUGCUACUCUCACUGGCCUCUCUCCUAAAAGAAAAGCUGAUUUAUUUCAAGAUUUCAUAAAAAUGGCUGUUCGUUUUAGAAAUUGUGAAUCGGAAACAGCAAAGCAAUAUUAUGCCAGCUUGCAGGAAAGGUGUUCAAAGGAGGGCCUGUCUUCUUUUAAUUUCAAUAUUUUGGGCAAGUCUCCUUUCAAUGAUCUCAUGUGGUUGUUGGGCACUAAACGGUCAAGUAUCAGCCUCUGCUUUUUGUGCUGUCUCCUUCAAGCUCUGAAGCUGAGAGAUAUUCCAAUCGAAUCAUUGGACAUCGCUGAAAAUGAAGCAGAUGUUAAUAAAGAGGAUCUGAGGCAGAACAAGCAUGGGGAGUGGCUCUUCUAUGAAGUAACAAAGAGACUGAAGGCUCUUAAGAAACAUCAGGAAAAAUUGGAUCUCCUUACACCAGGUGUGACGUUCCUCACCGUCUUCAAUAUUGGCCCCAGCAAAGCAGCACAUAAUUUCCUCCCGUUUCUUGGCCAGCAUUGCAAAAGGUUACUUCCCUUAUUCUUUGCUUCAACAGCAGAUUGUACCGAAUUGUGUAAGCCGCUGAAGCCUGAGGCUUAUGAUGAGUAUAAAUCGUCCGUCAAUCAUUUGCUUAAUGCCUACGUGCCAAGACGGAAGUUUCUUAAUCAUUUUGUGAGAUUUCAUUCAAGGGAAAAUUCAGGGCAACCGGUCUUUAUGCGCCAACCAUCGUAUAGUCAAGAAUCAAAAUUCAAUAGUCUCAAGGAAAUUUUUGAGGAACAAGGCUUUGACGCUAAUUUCAAAGAUAUCGAUCUCUCCAAUAUGAAACAAACCAAGGAAAUUCUUGAGAGAAUGGUUAUCAAAAAUAUGAGCAAAUAUGUUACUGGUCUACCUGUAAGGUGGGUUUUUCUGCGCAGCUUUCUCCAGGCUUUAAACAUAUCACUUAUAACUAGAAGUGAUAUCAGCAAAUUGGCCACUUCAUGUGGUGCUGGUAUAGAUUCCAGUGAAGUUGAAGCAUUUCUGACCACCUUCACAAGCUUUGCCAGUCUCCUUUACAUCCCCUCCUACACUGAUAUUGUCCUGCUAGAUAUUGAGAGAUUCACUGAUUGCCUCGACAAGGUCUUUGACUGUGGCCAUUCUCUGCUCGAUAAAGCAAAUUUGUUUGGAUUCAUUACUGAAGGAGCCAUUGAUAAGUUAGCAAAGGAUGAGGAGUUAGACCCCAAAAUGUUUAAGUCACUCUUGAAGUCUUUUCGUUUUGCUGUUCCAGUUUGCACAUCAAAAGUGAAGAGCAACAAUAUUUUCUUUAUUGAAGCAGAUUGUUCGUUCUACAUUCCCAGCAUGCGUCCUACAAAAGCAACCAAUGGCCCUCAGUUUCAUUCUCUCUACCUCCAGUACACAUCAUGUGUGCCCGGUAAUAUUCAAGUUUAUUUGGUUCGUCAUUUCCUCAAGUACAGCAAUUGCUCUCUUGUCCCUUACCUACACAUCAAUGCUUCAGUCAUCAGGAUACAUCAUAGUAAAGAGAAGCACAUUGAUGUUACCAUAAUUGAUCACAAAGAUAUCGUGGAGCUGAGAUUGGAACAUGGUCGUUCAACUGAAGCAUACAAAACAGCUUUCCCAUUGGUAGUUAAAGCAUGCACUGCUGCCAUGGAAGAUGUCAAGAAGUCGGUCGAUGAUUUAGAGUAUUAUUUUUUGCUGCGCUGUACUGAGAGUAAUGAUCACCAGUUCAUCUAUCACAGAAUGACAAAUGAUGGGGAGACUUCAUGUGAAAGUUGCAGUAAAGUUGAAGCUAGUGAUUCUUAUCCCAUUUCCUUGCGGGAAUAUUGGAAGUCGUCUGUUUCUAAAAUAGCUAUUGAAAGUGAUGGAAAAGAAUUAGAAAUAACGAAAGAUUCCUUGGAGCUGGCUAGUCUUGCAGUGAAGCUAUCACAAGAGUUUGUAGAUGAUGAGAGUCAGUUGAGUCUGUUGAGACGGUUAAAAGUAGAACGAGAAGUUUGGGAUGGUAUCAAAGUCAAGACUGGUGGUGGGUGGAUGGCAUUUGCAAUGUUGCUUGAUCAGUGGAUAAAGAAGCACAAAAAGUCAAAGGAUGAGCUUCUGGAAGAGCUCCAUAUGUUUUUAUAAUUAUUUAAAUAAUUCUUUUUAAAUAUUUAUAUUUUGUAACAAGAGCAGAGUACAUCAGUAAUUAUCAGUUAUUUGCAAUGGAUAUUAUACAUACUUGCCAUACUUGCAAAUAACUUCACACAAAUUUUAAUAGUAUAUUAUAGUUUGUUGCUGUUAAUGCAUAAAAUUUUGUAGCAUUUUUUGCAGUGUCUGUAAUGUCAUUAAAAAAUCCUUAGAUAUAGAGGGAUAAUAAGACAUGUAUGUUUUAGCUUUUAUCAUGAU